AUGGCCGGGGACGAAGGGGGGAGCUCGGGUUCGUCUCCUGCUGCGGAGCCCAGUCCCGACGCCGGGGCGGGGGCCGCUGGAGGAGAGAGCGGCGGCGGCGGCUACGAUGGCAAGUGCAUCUUCUGCAGGAUCACCCACGGGGAGGAGCCGGGCACCGCACUGCUGCCUUGCGAGCAUGAAGACUUGGUGUGCUUCAGAGACAUCAGACCUGGAGCUCCACAUCAUUACCUAGUGGUGCCAAAAAUACACAUGGGAAACUGUAAGACUUUGAAGAGUGAGCAUAUCCCAUUAGUGGAAAGAAUGAUGGCAGUUGGAAAGAGUAUCCUGCAGCGAAAUAAGUUUACUGACUUGAAUGAUAUAAGGAUGGGUUUUCAUUGGCCUCCAUUCUGCUCAAUAGCCCACUUGCAUCUUCAUGUCCUAGCUCCAGCUAGUCAGUUGGGAUUCUUGUCCCGAAUGGUAUACAGAGUCAAUUCCUACUGGUUUAUCACGGCUGAGCAACUGAUGGAACGACUGAAAGCUGAAAGUGCUACAAGCUGAAAAGCCUUGCCUAUAGAUGACACUUUGGAUUGUGACCAUUGAACAUAAUUGAAGAAGAGUAUUGAAAAUGCUGCUAUACAAUGGUUGAACUAAUGGUUAGUGAACAUUGUACCCUAAAAUUCUCAGGCAGAUACCUGAAAUAAGAAACUCCCCAAGCACUCUUUAGAGCAUUUAUGUCUACAAAUCAGAAAAUUAAGUGGUCAGUGUCUUCAAAAAGGUAAUUAUGAAUCCUGCAUAAGAAAGCAAUUUAAUAUGUGC